AUGGCUGGGAGGACUGUGAGGAAAGUGAAACGAGGCAGAGCUAAGGAAUCUGGUAACAACGUUAAGCAGCUUCCAGAAAUAAUAGUGACCCCACCUGACAGCGUCGGAGAUAUGAAGGUCAAAGUACCUGAGAGGUCUUGUGAAGUGAAGAACGAUAAUAACAUAUUAUUAGAUCUACAAAAUGAAAACGAUAACAUAACGCAGGUAAAUGUAAAUACAAUGACAAAUUUCAGCGUGAAGAAAUUAAUAGAAGAAUUAUCAGAAAACUCUCGAGCACCUAAAGAUGAAAUAGCAAACAUACAAAGGAGGCUGCUUCAGCAGGCAAACGAAAUAAUGAAAGUCAACACAUUUGCCAACUCUCAGUCCGGUAUCGAGCCGAGAGUUAUCGCAGCUACUCAGAAAUACAGCACAGCCGUAUACGGCCGGAUACCAAAUGUGCCUAGGAAUGUUCUAAUUAACGGUACGCCAAAUUCAGUCGAUCACCAGCAAUCUUAUCAUGCAGAUACGCAGCUAGUUCCAGAAAAGCUCCAAGAGACACGCGCAGAUAAUUUUACUGGAAUUAUGAAUAGUGAUCGAGAAAACAUGCAAAGGGUCGGCGCGGCGGCGGACGCGGGAAGGAUUUUUUUCUACGAAACGAGUUCUGCGGUGCGAUCGGCUGCCAGUACGCGGGCCGCGACCACGAGAGGUGAAUGUCUUUAUGUCUUUGUCGAUCUGUUCGUAACGCGGCGAAUUACUUGA